UAGGCCGCCAUUUUGUGUUAGGACCAAUCUUGCAAAGCGGGAGAAAAUUAUUAGUCCUGCGCUCAGCACGUAGGGACGGCCACAGCGGGAUUGAAGGGAGCAACCACAGGCAUCGAGUUUCCAGGAGGAUAAAACCGGGAAAAUAAGCAGUCGGGAGUGUUAGUUGGCCCGUCGCCAUGGAGGGCGAGGUUGUUUCCAUGGAGACCACUCAGGCUGCUGUGCUGGCUCCUGACGGAAAGGUCCUGUCUGAGGGUGGAGAUGCCUUUAUACAAGGGGCAGCCAUAGCUCCACAGGGGGAGGUGACUGGUAACAUGGAGAUGAUGGUGAUGGACGCUCUCGAUCCGACUCUGCUGCAAAUGAAGACAGAGGUGUUGGAAGGUGGCGGCACAGUGACUGUUACUGGUGGAGAUGAGGGUCAGAUCAUCACACUCCAGGUGGUGAAUAUGGAGGAGCAGGCAGGAGCUGCAUUAGGUCUUGGUCAGCUUCAGCUGGUGCAGGUACCCGUCACAACAGCAACUGUAGAGGGGCUCCAGGCCACCUAUGUUGACGCAUCAGCAGCUAACAAGGAUGCAGAGCCGGUUAUCUGUCACACUCUUCCCUUGCCCGAGGGUUUCCAGGUGGUAAAAGUCGGUGCCAAUGGGGAAGUAGAGACUGUAGAGCAGGAGGAGCUCCAGGCGGCCCACGAGGAGCUUCAAGGGACGAGGGGCGAGGAGGAGGAAGAGGGGGGGGAGGAGGAGGAGGAAGCGGAGGCCGCAGAAGUAGUGCCCCCUGUACCUCAGCAAGAACACCCAGAAUGGUCCAAGGACCCAGACUACCAGCCCAUCACCACUAUCCGUAAAGGAAAGAAAGGAAAGAAGAGCCGUCUGCGAUACGGGGAGGGCGAUCGUGACAUGGAUGUUUCUGUGUAUGACUUUGAAGAAGAGCAGCAGGAGGGGCUGCUGUCGGAGGUGAAUGCUGAGAAGGUUGUGGGCAACAUGAAGCCACCAAAGCCCACCAAGAUCAAGAAAAAAGGUGUAAAGAAGACUUUCCAGUGUGAGCUGUGUAGCUACACCUGUCCAAGGCGCUCCAACCUGGACCGACACAUGAAGAGCCACACAGACGAGAGACCACAUAAAUGUCACUUGUGUGGCCGUGCCUUUCGAACAGUCACACUGCUGAGAAACCACCUCAAUACACACACAGGCACACGGCCACAUAAAUGCACAGAUUGUGACAUGGCAUUUGUGACCAGCGGUGAGUUGGUGCGUCAUCGUCGCUACAAACACACGCACGAGAAGCCCUUCAAGUGCUCCAUGUGCGACUAUUGCAGUGUGGAGGUGAGUAAGUUGAAAAGGCACAUCCGCUCUCAUACAGGGGAGCGACCCUUCCAGUGCAGUCUGUGCAGCUAUGCUAGCAGAGACACUUACAAGCUGAAGAGACACAUGAGGACACAUUCAGGGGAGAAGCCGUAUGAGUGCUACAUCUGCCAUGCCCGUUUUACGCAGAGUGGCACCAUGAAGAUGCAUAUUCUGCAGAAACACACCGAAAAUGUGGCUAAGUUCCACUGCCCACACUGUGAUACUGUCAUCGCACGCAAGAGUGACCUCGGUGUUCACUUGCGGAAGCAGCACUCGUUUAUUGAGAAGGGAAAGAAAUGUCGUUACUGUGACGCUGUGUUUCAUGAGCGAUAUGCCCUCAUCCAACACCAGAAGUCCCACAAGAAUGAGAAACGUUUCAAAUGUGAACAGUGUGACUACUGCUGCAGACAGGAACGCCACAUGGUAAUGCACAAGCGUACACACACGGGGGAGAAGCCGUUCGCCUGCAGCCAGUGCGAGAAAACAUUCCGGCAGAAACAGCUUCUGGACAUGCACUUCAAGCGCUACCAUGAUCCCAACUUCAUCCCCACUGCAUUCGUCUGCAGCAAGUGUAACAAGACAUUCACCCGCAGGAACACCAUGCUGCGUCAUACUGACAACUGCACAGGUGAAGCUGUUGAAGAAAAUGGAACUCCCACACCUAAAAAGGCUCGCCGGGGCAGGAAGAGGAAGAUGCUGGCCAGGAGGGGUGAUGGUGAUGACACAGAGGAUGAACUGGACGAGGCAGAGGAGGGAGAUGAGCUGUUAGGUGAAAUUGAGGUGGAACAGGCCCCACCAGUCGUCCCUAUCCCCGCCCCUGUGGAGCCACCGGUCAAGAGGAAACGUGGACGGCCCCCGAAGAGCAAACCAGACACGGCUGCGAUCAUCCGUGUGGAGGACGAGGCCACUGGAGAGGUGGAUGACAUAAUUGUGAAGAAGGAGGUUGGCGCCGAACAAGAUGACCAGGAGGACGGCAACGAGGAGGCCCUUGAGGAGGUGGUGGUCGGUGGAGAGAAGUCAACCAUUCAGAUGGAGGAGUUGCCCCACGAAGAGGGGACAGCACAGCAGGUGCAGCUGUCGGAGGCCCCACCUAAUGGAGACCUGACCCCUGAGAUGAUCCUCAGCAUGAUGGACCGGUGAUGGAUGUGAGGGUCGAACCUGUAAACACACACAUCGCAUCUUCAUUUUAAUUCUUGGAAAUUAGGAUUACAAAUACUUGCAUCCUGCACAGAAACAAACAUCACUGGUGUAAUUUAAGAUUUGCUUUUUAAUCAUGUAUUGAUAAAGAUUUGGAUGAGUGAAAAAAAAAAAUUUAAUUAUGAUUUUGCCUACCAAAAAAAUCAGUACAUUGGCGUUGUGGUGGCUGUAAUUGACAGCAGUAUCUUUAGCCUUCUCGUUGUUGCCUUUGGUGUUUAGUCACUCUUACUCUCUGUGGUAUAAAACAGCUACAUUAUCUACAUAAUAAUCUUAUAUACACCUGUCUACCAUUGGGUUAAAGUUGUAGAUAGUGGUGGACCUUGCUUUACUUCUUUGCCAUAAUUCCAAUCAAUGUUCAAUAUCCUCACUGAAGAGCUCCAUGUACCUCUCAGUUUGGACAGAAAACUUCUGUUAAAGUUUGGGUUUGCUGUUUUUAGAGCAGUAGAAGAUGGCAAGUUUUUAGGUCCAUGUUGAAAGUCACUGACGUGUCAAAGAUUUCAUAAAAUUGCAGAAACAAAAACGCAACUUUCAGGAAGAGGAUACUGCCAUUAAUCACAGCCACUUCAAGAUGAGAUAUGUCUUUUGAAUAUUUGUAUUUUUUGGUUUCUUUUUCUGUGGUUAGUAAAUCCCUUUUUUAAGCCUAUUCUAGUUUUUUAAAAGCUUACUAGACUUAUCUUGAACACCUUUCUUGCUACUAUAACACCCCUAGAUGAUGCUUAUGUACUAAACAUUGUCACUGAUAAGUGCAAGGAAAGAACGCUGUUUUGCUCCUUUUUAUGUAGCCAUUCCACUUUGGGUUGAUGUUUUCUUUUUGUACCAUUGGCAAUGCAAUGCUACGUAGCAGCUUGAAUGACAUUUUAAUAACUGUGUGGCAGAUGAGACUGGAUGUAUGACUGUACAAACAAUAAAAAAAAAAAUGUAAAAGUAGACAUUGACAUCCACAUUGUAGGUUUCUGCAGAUGUAAUAAUCUGAAUCAUGGAUAUUGAAAAUCUGUCCGGUUUGGUUGAGAAGUUAACACGUUUAGUAGUACAGUUACAGCAAAAAAAAAUUAUGGCUUCAUUGUUUAUUGACAAAACAACUGAGUGCUAACAAAUAUCCAUGUAUUUUGCUUGCAGAUAUAUUUUAUUAAAUGGACGACUUGA